UGAUUUGAAAAUUGAAAUUUAAAAUAAAUGUGUUAGAUUAUGGCUCCUUGUCAUAACAAAAACAUCCAAGGAUCUCAAAGUGAGAAUGAAAACACCAAUGACAACAAAGGUGGAAGGAUUAUUUGGUCAAAAGAAUCGGUUUACAUCCUUUGUGAUCUUUGUAUUAAACACGUUGAAAAGAGUAAGGGGAAAAAUGGUGGUGUUACUUCUCAAAGGUUAAAUUGGAAGAAGAUUGAAUGUGAUUUCCAAAAAGAAGCUAAGCUAUCUUGGGAUAAACCGAAGUUGAAAUCUAAGAUUGAUUGGUUGAGAGCAAUAACUAUUCCUGAAGACGAGCAAUUACGUUAUAGAGGAAGGAAGGGAAUACCAACUACGAAUGUAUUAGCAGUGUGUGACUUUGAUAUGUUAUUCACAUACGUUUUAAGCGGUUGGGAGGGAUCGGCACACGACUCCCGAAUUUUCCUUGACACUAUCAACAAUGCAAGUCUCAAUUUUCCACAUCCACCUCAAGGUAAGUAUUAUUUGGUGGAUAAAGGAUUCCCAGAAAGAGUUGGAUAUUUAACUCCAUACCCAAAAGUAAGGUACCAUCAAUCUGAGUUUCGUGGUGCAAAUCCAAGAGGUAGUCAAGAAGUUUUCAAUAAAGCGCAUUCAUCAUUAAGAAGUUGCAUUGAGAGAGCUUUUGGUGUUCUUAAAGCUCGGUGGAAGAUAUUGCAAAUAAUGCCAAGAUAUUCAUUAAUGGAUCAAAACAAGAUUAUUUGUUUGUGUUUUGCUUUGCACAACUAUAUUCGAAAGAGCACAAUUGGUGACCCGACUUUUCAAUUGGUUGAUGAUGACCCUGAUUUUGUACCCGUAGAUGUGUUUGAAGAUGUUGAAAACCAAGUUGCAAAUAAUGAGAUGGGGAUAAGAAGUCAGGAAAUGAGAAAGAUCCGUAAUAAUAUUACUUCUAGUUUGAUGGCGAAAAGAUCUCAUUAGUAAAAAGUCGAGAGUUUGUCUUAUUUUUUGUCACUUUUAAUGCUCAUGUCGUCUCAAAAAGUAUUUGAUACUUUAGAUUGUGAUGCUUGUCUCGCGUAAUUUUUUAUUUAAUGUUUUUAAUUUAAAGUUGGUGUAAAGUAUCUUUAUAUAUUUAUGUUAUGAUAUUUAAAAAAAACUAUAAAAUAAAAUAUACCAUGCACGGUGGUUAUUUGUAGAAUGACAAAUGAAAUAAAUACAAAAAAAGUCUACUCAUAAAAUAUAAAUGUAAAUUUUCAUUUCUUAAAUUAUAAAAAAAAUGAAGUAGCCUUUUUUGU